UAAAAUAUAAUUUAUUUCUUCAAAAAUUUUAAAAACAUUUAAGAAGAGGACUUUGAAUUCAAAAAACAAUUAAAAAAAUAAUACAAAAUUAUGGAAAAAUAAGAAAUAAUAAUAAGAACUCAGAUCUGGCACCGGAGUGGGUGUCCUCAGGCCAGCCGUAGGAGAAAUGGAGAAUUGGUGUCGGCCCAGUUUCGAAUCUAGCGGAUUCUCACUUCUCAACAUCAAUGCACUAACUACUGCCUCCUGGAAGCUCCAUUCAUGCCCACCUACGGAGUCGAGGAGGCAUUCCAUUCUUACUCCUCACUCAAGAUCCUUCUCUCCCUGCUCUCAGUCAGUCCACGCCAAGGGGAAAAGGCUUGCAGACAGUGCGACUCCACUCUCUUCUUUCGGCCCUAAUAGAGAAAACAAAAAACAAGAAGAUUGCCGUUGUCGACCUGCUUUUUGUUGAAAACGAGUGACGCGGCUUGAUUUGAAGGUUUUUGGUGAAGGCGAGUGGGGGGUAGUCGGUAGACCGUAGAAGAGAGUCUGCACUCUGCCGUUUGCGAGUGUGAGUGGAGACUGGAGAGUGGCGUGGGGGGUACUACUGCUGCUGCAACGGGCCAACGGCGACGGCUGGUACUGGGUGAGGUGAGAUCUGGCCAUUUGGGUCUAGGUAGCACCAUAGCAGGGAGAGGCUGAGACUGAGAGACGGAGAGGGACGGGUGCACCGUAGCAGGGAGAGGCUGAGAGGGACGGGGAGGUGACCCGACCCGAAUUGCCAAACCCGUUUAAUAAGCGAGUCAACUUAUCAUAAACCUAAUUCCGAUUUAAACGAUUGUGUCACGAAUCCCCAUUUACCCACCCCUAACUAUAAGAAGGAGGAAAGAAAAGUAGCGGGGAUUCGUUGACGAGAAUAUACCGAGGGGAUAUAUCGUAGUUUUGAAUUUCGUGAACGAGAAGUAAGUAUUUGUCGACGAAUUGCCUUCUUGACAUCAUUGAUGAAGUGACGUGACUCAUCGAUGAAGGUUAGUGUAUAAAUAGGCCUAAACCUCAUUUUUUGCCAAAAAUCAUGCAAAAAUUUCUCUCUCUCUCUCUCUCUCUCUCUCUUCAAUUCGUCCCUCAUCACUCUCUUUAAGAUUUCGGGUCGAAUUCUCGCUAAUUCGACGAUCUAAAGUCACCAUGAGACUUUUGAGAAAGUUCUCUACAAAUCUACUUGAGUGGAUCGUUGGUGGAGUUAUCUUGAAGUUCAUCCCAAAUUCAAGGAAACCUAGAUAGUUGGCGGACCGAGGUCGCUACUAAAGCAGUAGUUAUUAUCCCGCUAGGAGGGUAUGCGUCCCCAUUACCCACGGGUUCGGGUUGACUAUAUUAUGUGCGUUUAAUUAUAUGUGGGAACUGAAAUUCGACGCUUUUGCACGCGGGGAAUAAAGAUGGCGGAUCGCGCAACGGAGCACUUUCCUCCCUCGAGCGCUGAAUUGCGAGGAUCGAUGGACGAAGUGAUGACGGCCAGGGAUGCGUCGACGAGUUCUCGAUCAUUGUCGUCUCAGCCGUUCCUUCCCUCUUCAAGCCUCCCUCUGCUCUCCGCCCUCCUCUCAUUCUCUCUCGCUCAGUUUCUCAAGCUCUUCACCACCUGGUUCAAGGAGAAGAGAUGGGAUUCCAAAAGGAUGCUGGUUUCAGGUGGAAUGCCAUCGUCCCAUUCGGCAACUGUGGUAGCUCUUGCAGUGGCCAUUGGGUUACAAGAUGGAACUGGAGGGUCAGCUUUUGCUGUUGCUGUGGUUUUGGCGUGCGUUGUAAUGUAUGAUGCUACUGGUGUUAGACUACAUGCUGGGCGCCAAGCUGAAUUAUUGAAUCAAAUUGUGUGUGAGCUACCUCCUGAACAUCCUGUCUCUAAUGUCAGACCUCUGCGAGAUUCUCUUGGUCAUACUCCUCUUCAGGUUGUAGCUGGGGCUGUGUUGGGAUUUCUAGUGGCCUACCUUAUGAGAGGCUCCAGUUCAAAAAUUUUAUAGCCAAUGGCAUUUCUUUAGAGUCUUUUUCUGGACAUAUACCUGGCAUUCAAGGAGUUUCGUAGUUGCAAAAAUGAAUCAAAUUAAAAUGAAGUUGUUCCAGUGCAGAGAGGCAAUAUUUAAGUGCAGGAACUGGGCAGAUGUUUGCGCUUACCAGGGCAUGUUCACUUUCUUCUGCUGUUCUGCACCCCACAUACUAGACCAAAAAUAUGCAGUUGUGCCUGGAAAGGUUCUGUCCCAUCCAUGUAUUUUCCAUACUCUGAAUGAUUUGAAAUUUCCUGUUAAGCUCCAUGGACCGUGAUACUGAAAUUUUUCAAAGCAAUGGUGAAUUGUGAUUCCAAUCUGAAAUUUCCUGUUAAGUUCUAUUGUGCCAAGAUAUUGAAAUUUCUCAAGCAAUGGUGAAUAGUGAUUCCAAUAUUUAAAAA